ACUCUCAAUCCGAAGACUCAAGUCAUGAAUAUUCAUAUGUUGGUCCAGAACUCGGUGGGAAAAAUAAUUUCGCCCCCGGCCCCGCCCCAUAUUUCAGGCCACCCCGCCCCGCCCCCCCCCCCCUGUAUCACGUGACAACAUACAGGGCCCCAAGCUGCUGCGAAAUAGUACCAGUGCCAAUAUUGUUCUCUCUUGCUGAGUUGCUCGGGUCACGUCAGUAAUUCCGCCGGCCAGGUCAGCCAGCUCCAGCCGCGUAGCCGUACCGUACCGUAGCUAAGUGCCGAUCUGGAUCUUUCUGCUGCAACAGCAAACAAACGACUGUUUGUUUUCUCACACCAAGUUGGAUUUUCCUGAAUUUCUUCAUUUUAAUUGUUACAGAAUAUUGCAGCAGUGAUGUCGAAUCUUCAGCGAGUAUUUGUUGUUGGAGUAGGUAUGACGAAGUUCUUCAAGCCUGGCAAAGCUUUUGGGGACUUCCAUGACCUCGCCAAGCAAGCGGGCCAGGCAGCGCUAGAGGAUGCCAAACUCCCCUUCGAUGCAGUGGAACAGGCCGUCUGCGGAUAUGUCUAUGGGGAUACUACAUGUGGACAGAGGGCAGUGUAUGAGAUUGGUAUGACUGGAAUCCCCAUUUACAAUGUUAACAAUGCCUGUGCCACAGGAUCCACUGCACUGUUCCUGGCCAAGCAGCUGGUAGAGGGCGGUAGAGCAAACUGCGUCAUGGCGCUGGGUUUUGAAAAGAUGCAGCGAGGCUCUUUAACUACACAGUUCCAAGAUCGUGCUAAUCCUAUGGAGAAGUUUGUUGAAGUGAUGUCUGAACUUCAUGAUAUUACUCCAUCUCCGAUGGCUGCUCAGCUGUUUGGUAAUGCUGGAAGAGAGCACAUGCAGAAAUAUGGAACCACACCAGAACAUUUGGCCAAGAUCGCUUACAAGAACCACAAGCACUCAACUAACAACCCGAAUUCUCAAUUUCAAAAGGAAUACUCUAUGGAAGAGAUAAGGAACUCGCCAAAAGUCUAUGAACCACUUACAAAAUUGGAAUGCUGUCCUACAUCUGAUGGAGCAGCGGCGGCCAUCUUGUGCAACGAAGACUUUGUAAUCAAUCAUGGCUUGCAGGAUCAGGCUGUCGAGAUCGCUGGCAUGACAAUGAAAACAGAUAAACCAAACACAUUUGAAGAUAAGAGCUCUAUGAAGCUAGUUGGUUAUGACAUGACAAGGCGAGCAGCAGAGACCCUAUUCAGCAAGACAGGAGCUAGUGUUAGUGACGUAGAUGUGGUGGAACUACACGACUGUUUCGCAGCCAAUGAACUUAUCACAUACGAAGCACUGGGACUCUGUGAUGAAGGUAAAGCUGGGGAGUUCAUAGACAGUGGUGAUAAUACGUAUGGAGGAAAGUUUGUCGUCAACCCAAGUGGAGGUCUCAUUUCUAAGGGCCAUCCUCUCGGAGCCACAGGUCUAGCACAGUGCGCUGAGCUUUGUUGGCAGUUACGAGGUCUAGCAGGCAAGAGACAGGUAGAGGGCGCUAAACUAGCUCUGCAACACAACAUCGGACUCGGAGGAGCAGUAGUGUGUGGAUUAUACAGGAUGGGAUUCCCACAAGGAGACAGACCGAGGUAUAACCUCCAGGCCAAUCUAACCUCUGCAGAGGAAUUCAAAUGUGAAGCUAUCUUUAGAGAAAUUGAGAAUGUUCUCCAAGAGAAAGGGGCGGAGAUGGUGGAUAAAAUCAAAGGCGUGUAUGGUUUCAAGGUGUCAGGAGGACCGGGAGGAAAGUCGGCUUCAUGGAUUGUAGAUGUCAAAAAUGGAAAUGGAUCUGUCGAGAAGAACUCAUCAAAGAAAGCCGAUUGCACAUUUAAAUUGAAUGAUGCCGACUUGGUUGAUCUGAUGACUGGAAAACUGAAUCCUCAGAAUGCCUUCUUCUCUGGGAAGCUCAAGAUCAGUGGAAACAUGGGAUUGGCCAUGAAGCUACAGCAACUCAAACCACCAACACCAAAGGCUAAGUUAUAGAGAUCAGGGUUCAAUCCCCCUCCUGAGAUCACCAUUCCUUCCAUUGCUGGUCCAUUCAUCCAUCCAGCUAUGGGACGUCUGUUUAAAAUGUAUUGCAGUUUUCAACAUACUGCUUUUAUGAUUAUUGACCCCGAAAUCAGAAUUGGGGUAAUAUGGGUUUGAGCACCCAGUGGAGAAUAUUUCCAGCUUUUACAAUCUGAGAUGGCCAUCGACCUGAAGGAAUUCCGUUGAAGGACUCCAUUGUAAUUUAAUUCACUUUUCAUCAUUAAGUGUCAUUUUAUCAUGUGGUGCAUGCCAUUAAAUAAAUCAAAAUUAUGUUGCAUUUACUAUCAGUCAUCCAUUAUUUGAUGAUAAUAAUUUGGACAUGUGUAAUGUUCCAUCUACUAUGCAUCAUGAUUAGAUGCUUAUGAGGCAGAAAAGAUUGGAAAAAGAAACAUAACAAAAAGAAGAGAAAACAGGAUGAGAGAUAAUCAAGUUAUCGUGAGAUUUUAAAUCUACCAAGAGGGGAAAUUCUUUCAUUGAAGACUGUUCUAUAUGAUUGAUGUGAAUUGAUGCGAGAUUGAGAUUGAGCAAUGAAGGUGGCCCUGAACUCUCUUGACUGAGAGUAAACUUUAACACCAAAUAGGAUCUGUGUUUUGUUCAACCAGUUUUGUAUCAAGAGAUAAGACCCUUUAUAAACCCACUGCUUCUAUCAAUCCAUCAAUAGGAUUGUCUUUUAAAACAGUGUACUGUUUACAUUGAUGAAGCCAACCUUUGUAAAUAAACGGUCAAAUAGAUAUAUGAAUAAAUAGCUCUCGGAGUGUUUAUAUCAUCAUAUAAAAAAUUUUCAUCCUAAAGUUUUCAUACAUUUUAAAUUGUAACUCCAUCAUGACUUUUCCAUUUAAUAUGACAUUCUUUUGCUCUGAAGUAAAAUUGAAAAUGCACUUCUAUCAUAAUAUGUCCUUUAUUCUUACCACACAGUGGUGUAUUAUUAAAUACUAUCAAAUUAAACUUGGAUGUACCUUCUGCUUUGAUAAAUACAACAGUCAGACUUUCAUACAUGUGUAAUGAAUUUGGUUAUGUAUUUCCUGUAUAAAUUGAUACCAAUUAAAAUACAUGUACAUUACAUUUUUAACAUUGCCUUUUAAGUUUGCCAAGUUAAAAACAUGUGUCAUAUUCAAUAAUGGGAAUGUAUAAUGGAUGUGUGAAUGCUAUUGCUGUAGUAAAAAAUUAUAUUGAUCUUAAUUACUUAACUGUAAAGUUUGUAUCGUCUAUUACCUUACUUAAUCCAACUUGCCAUCCUAACUGGGCAUUGUAAGAGGUACCUGUAAUCCAGUGAACAGAGAAAGUUAUAAAUUGAUCGCUGCAGACCCAGGUGGGUAUUUCAUAAGGCUCUUUUAACUUACUAGUGACUUAAAAAACAACUUUACGAAUGACUGGUGAUCCAUUCUUAGGAACUAAAUCAACAAAGGAACUAAAUCAACAAACUCAACAAAUGAAAACUUGUUGUGCAAAAUUUACGACAAGAAAGGAUUACCGGUCGUUCUUAAAGUCGCUCGUAACUAAAGAACAGCUUUAUGAAACACCCACCUGGUUUUGAUGCAAUACUGGAGAGCAUUUCAUGAAAGGACUUGUCCGACCUUUUAUCCAACAAGUCCUGUUUUAUCCAACAGUUACCAUAGUAACAGUGCUUCUCAACCAAUCAAAUUCUAGGAAAAAUAUGAGAUCUGACAACUUACCUUGAUUUUGAUUGGCUGAGAGGCACUGUUCUAUGGUAAUGGAUAAAAUGGGACUUGUCGGAUAAAACGUCUGACAAGCCCUUUUUAUGAAACGCUCCCCUGAUGUGGAAAGCCUGUCUGAAGAUGUAAAUAAUCAAAUCUGAUCAUUAACUUUCUCAGGAAUAUCAACCCCCUCAUUAUUCCUCUGUCUAUGAAGUAAUCCAAUUUGAAAUCAUUCAUGGGAUACAAGUUAUAACAGCAAAAUAUUCCCCAAAGUUUACUCUUUUUCCUGGCUCGAAUAUAAAGAUAAUAAUAAUUAUACUUGCUUAUAUAGCGCUUAACACUUUAUCAGAAGUCUCUCAGCGCUAUACAGUAAUGCAGCAUAA